AUGCCAUCCUUCUUCGAGAAGGUUGGCAGACUCAGCGACGAAGCGUUGAACCGGGGCGACAUCAGCGUGCUUGCAGCGUGCUCGAGUUUACGCUGGGCGAUCAUCAUCGCCAUGGGAAAGACCGAUGGGCACGCUCUUAUGCCCGGUGAGCCCGGUUUCGUGGCCAGUAGGAGAUUGGGUCUUCUUCUGAAGAUCUGUCAGAGAGUACCUGGUCUCCGCCUGCUCGAAGUCUCCUUGCGAGACCACACAGACUUGGACGCCUUCUUAGAGGACCCCGAUAACGACCCGCGCCUCGAGCUCUCCUCUCGCAACGCAUUGACCCUGCUACAUGCUGCCCAUCGUUGCGGUUGGCCGGAUGGUUGGCAGCAGCCAGAUGCGACCUACCUUCCAAAAGGCACGCCUAGUAUGUGGGACUGGCACAAAUCGUUCGGCGGGAAACGUUCGGGUCCCAGGGAUGCAGGGUCUCAGUAUCUGCGCGACCUCUUCAAUGACGACCUCGUCAAGCUGUCGAUGCAAGCAGGCCCAGGCUUGACGGUUACCCACAACGCUCAUCUUGAUCCCCUUGUGCUCACUGCACUACGUGACCUUGCGCUCGUCGCCGAUCCACAGGCAGCCUUUACGCCGGAUGAUGGCGGCGCGGAGAAUGGCGGCGCUCACGACGAGGGCGCCCAGCAUGAUGUCGCUCAGGAUCGCGCCCGCAAUGGCGGUGCUCAGGAUGGUGGGGACCAGAACAACGGCGCGCAGAACGGUGGCGCGCAGAAUGGUGGCGCGCUGGACGAUGGCGCGCUGGACGGCCGUGCUGAGAACGAUGGCGUGCAAGACGACAGCAUCCAGGACGGCGACGCGCUAAACCAGAGCGCGCUAAACGGCGGCGCUGAGAGCGACAGCGCGCAUGACGACGGCGCCCAGUAUAGUGGCGCGUUGAACGGGAGCGCACAGAAUGGCGGCGCUCAGGAUGGUGGCUCGCUGAACGGAGGCCCUCGAAACCGCUGCGCUCAGACAGAGAGUACACAGAAUGGCGGUGCGCUGCACGGGAGCUCGCUAAAUAGUGCCAGCGCCGAAGACUCUGCGAUGGGUGCAACGCAGAACUUCGACCCGCCCCUCCCUUCUGAUUCGCCAAAUUCCAUCCGCUAUCAUACCGACGUUGGCGACGUCCCCUUUGCAAAGGAUGUGGUCGGCUCGCACGUCACUCUGGGAGCUCAGAGCACUGAGUGUGAGGCCGGGCUUGAGGACGAGCGCGGGAACGGAAUCGGCAUCGAUUUACCGGGUGCGGAGCCGGGCAGGAGCGCAAGCUCUCAAAUCUCUGCCUCGAGCGCGACGCAUGCAACUGUCGAAGCCAAUGCUUUGAGUCCUUCUGUUGCCGCUGUGGCCGGCGAUGGCGUCGAUCUCCCGGGUGCGGAGCCGGGCACGAGCGCGAACUCUCAAAUCUUUACCUCAAGGGCUACCCAAGCAGCAGCUGUCGCAGCCCAAGACGCCCAAAGAUCAGGCUGA